AUGAAGCUCCGGUGGUGUCGUCGGUCGAGCGUGAAGAUGACGAGGAGCAGCUUGGAAGGGCCCGUCUCACUGACCCGCAAAUCUGUCUCUCCUCGCCGGUGUGUCUCGUCGACAAGACACAAUUUUCCCGGACUUCCGUGCUUAGCCGACUCCCGCCGGACUCACCCCUUGGCGAUUUCAUGUGAGGUUGGGGUUAUGCUCCGGGCUCUUUCCGUCUCCCUCCCUCGAACUCUCGAGACGACGGUUACGAUUCUAGUGAAGCCCCCUCCUCCUCCAAAGCCGCCGGACCCGACAGACCUACACCCAAAACCACCUUGUCCGCUUAACCCUGCAAUGCUUCAUCAAUGGCUAGAAAAGACGGCAACCUCAUCAGAUCUGAACGGCACCGGGUCUAGGGGGUCGUUGCGAUGCGCUCGCCUUCGUGGCCCUAGCUCUUCGCCCUUUGAUGUCGAGCCUCAUCUCAACCACCUUCCCAGAAGCUUGGCUCUCCCUAGCCCGUCGUCGGAGGGGAUCGAAGAUGUCUUCACCGAAGAUGACACGCAUCUCAUCCGGUGUUGGCCACCGUCGCAGUGGCUGUAUCUCUCAACCUUGCCGAAAAUUUAUAACCCUAUGGCGGUCAAUCAUGGCCGGAUCUGGCCAGAAAAGAUGUGUAGCUCACCGGAAAAUGCCAUUGGCCGUCGGCGGUCUCAUGAGAGAUCAAUUACCGAUUGGGGUAAGAUGGGCCUUGGUGAAUUAUUUAUGGGCUUUACAAAGCCCACUCUAUUAAUUAUGCCCAAUUGGAAGCCCACUCUAUUAAUUAGGUCCAAUUGGAGUGUUACGCUCACUAUACUUGGCCCAAUUUCUAGUAGGUUAAAAAUUAGAUUUGCAAAAAUCUCACAUGUUUUUGAGCUUAUUAGAUCUUCUAUUUUGAGAAGUUUAAAGUUUUUUGAAUUCUCAAAUCCUGUAUCAUGUGGAAGAUUCCACUUUUCUUCCAUCGUUUUGAGCAUGGUCGUAUAUUUUUUUCUUUGA